AUGAGAAGCUACCGGUUUCUAGCGACCGCCGCUGAGAGGAUCCGGCCGGCUAUGAGGAAGCAGGUCUUAACUUUGACAGACCCUGCCGCGUCCAGAGUUCGCCUUCUUCUGCAGCACCGGCAAAAACCUUUCCUCCGACUCGGUGUCAUAUCCAAAGGGUGCAAUGGCCUAAGUUACGUCCUCAAUUACGCCGAGGAAAAAGGGAAGUUUGACGAGCUGGUGGAAGAGAAGGGUGUGAGAAUCCUUGUGGAACCAAAAGCUGUUAUGCAUGUGCUCGGGAUGAAGAUGGAUUUCGUGGACAACAAGCUCAGGUCUGAGUUUGUGUUCAUCAACCCAAACUCAAUAGGCGAGUGUGGAUGUGGUGAGUCAUUCAUAAGCAAAAGAGAGAAACAAGACGGGUGGCUUUGGUCGGCUAAUUCGACCUAG